AUGUCUGCUUCAUCGACGGUCACCCAGCCCUCCAAGCGCAAGUCGGCCUCGUCUGCCACUGUCAAGGGUAGGCUCAGCACCGACGAUAUCAAGCUGCCUCCCGACUCGGAGCGCGAUCCUCUAGAGGUCAAGCACCGCGACUUUUUCUGGACAUACACCGAGGAGCCGCAUCGCACACGGCGACUUGCCAUUAUCAAGGCCCACCCUGAGGUUACCAAGCUCUGCGGACCCGAACCUCUGACCAAGUACGUCGUCGCCGGCGUCGUGUCCCUCCAGAUUUUCCUCGCAUACACCCUCCGGAAUACCUCCUUCUUUGACUGGAAGUUUUGGGCAGUUGGCUACAUCUUCGGUGCCACCGCGAACCAGAACCUCUUCCUCGCCAUCCACGAAAUCUCCCAUAACCUCGCCUUCCGCUCUCCAUUGGCCAAUCGUCUCAUCGCCAUCGUUGCGAACCUCCCUAUCGGUGUCCCCUAUUCGGCAUCUUUCCGCCCCUACCACCUGACACACCACAAGUCCCUUGGGGUUGACGGCCUCGACACCGACCUGCCCACUGCGCUCGAAGGCAUCUUCCUCGACAGCAUCUUGGGCAAGGCGUUCUUCUGCACGUUUCAGAUUUUUUUCUACGCCGUCCGGCCUAUGGCUAUCUUCCGCAUCCCAUUCACCUGGGUUCACUACCUCAACAUCGCCGUCCAGCUCGCCUUCGACUAUGCUGUCAUCACGCUCGCCGGCCCCAAUGCCUUGCUCUACUUUCUCCUCUCGUCUUUCCUCGCCGGCUCCCUGCACCCGCUUGCAGGCCACUUCAUUGCCGAACACUACGUCUACGAGACCGUCACCCCCGAACAGCGCGACCCAAACAACGCCGUGCCCGUGCCCGAGACGUUCUCCUACUACGGACCCCUCAACUUCCUGACGUACAAUGUCGGCCUACACAACGAGCACCAUGACUUCCCCGCCGUGCCCUGGACCCGUCUGCCCAAGCUCAAGGCCAUCGCCAAUGAGUUCUACGACGAUCUUCCCCGCCACGAGAGCUGGAGCUAUGCCAUCUGGCGGUUCAUUUUCGAUGAGAACGUCGGCAUUAAGAGCCGUGUCAAGCGAAGAGGUAGGCCGCAGUCGGCCGAGGUGCUAAAUGGAGCCAAGCCGAGAUGA